UGAUUGUAAGGCAGGCUGAGGGAGAGGAGAGAGAGAGAGACUCAGGCCACCUGGAGCUACAAGCUCAUACAGAAGCACUCAGUCCAGGGGACGCCCCGAUCAGGUGACGGUGUCUUGGGAUUCGUCUCCCUGCUGCAGAACAAGCCAGAACAAGCCUGGAUCCCUCCCCGAGCCUGCAGCGAUCUGAACUGUACAGUGAACAGGCUGGUCUGUGCUCGUGGCUACCCCUUGGUCAUUCAUCCUGGCUUAGGCAGCUCAAUUGUACCCCGUGGAGGGGAAGGAGGUCAUGGAGGUUCCACUGGUCAACUUUGAGAACCUGGAUGACAUUGGAAUCAACCUGGGAGACCCUAGUGAUUCGGGAUAUCCCACUUCACCCACUUCAGAGGCACCGGAAGCGAACCAGAUGACACCUGGCAUGAAUUCACCGACACAUUCACCGCAGAGGCACAGACAGCAUGGGAACAUGCCCACUUCUCCCACGACACUCACAAAGAAAGGGACAUCAAGCUGCAACAGUCUCGUCUCUAACUGGAAGAUACUUAUGAACAGUGAAGGUAGUCCCGGUGAGGCUCUCUUGGGCAAGGUGGCUAAAGACUGUUGUGAGGACUUGUUUGGGGAAAAGCAGAAACUUGAGGAGGGUGACCAGAGGGUAGUCAUCAAUGUCUCAGGAAUGAUGUAUGAGACGACACUCAAAACCCUUAACCAGUUCCCUGACACCCUGCUCGGAGACCCUAAGAGGCGGAUAGACUAUUUUGACCCAAUGAAAAAUGAAUAUUUCUUUGACCGCAAUCGUCCCAGUUUUGAUGGAAUCCUGUACUUCUACCAGUCUGGGGGCAAGAUCCGGCGACCAGCAAAUGUGCCGUUGGAUGUUUUUGCGGAUGAGAUCGUGUUCUACAGGCUGGGCCACGAGGUGAUGGAGCAGUUCAGGGAGGACGAAGGUUUCAUCAGAGAACCUGAGCCUCAGCUACCGACAAGUGAGCUUCACCGUCAGUUCUGGCUGCUGUUUGAGUACCCAGAGAGCUCUAGUGCUGCCAGAUCUGUGGCAUUAGUGUCUGUUCUUGUUAUCACUAUUUCCAUUUGCAUCUUCUGCCUGGAGACUCUCCCAGAGUUCCGUGAUGAUCACGAAUUCACCCAUGAAAUUGUUAACUUGACCCGUGAUGCUAAUGGCACACUCUUGUCCCCAAGCCCUCUGCCCAAAAACCGGGAAUCAGUCUUCACAGACCCCUUCUUCGUAGUAGAAACCAUCUGUAUAAUCUGGUUCUGCUUCGAAGCAGGAGUGCGCUUUGUUGUGUGCCCCAGCAAAAGCGAAUUUUUCAGCAACAUCAUGAACAUGAUUGACAUUGUCUCCAUCAUGCCCUACUUCAUCACAGUGAUCACUGAGCUGAUGGCCACUCAAGGAGAUGAUGCAGCAGCUAACCAGAACAUGUCCCUUGCCACGCUUCGAGUCAUCAGACUGGUGAGGGUCUUUAGGAUCUUUAAGCUCUCACGUCACUCCAAAGGACUUCAGAUUCUGGGCCAGACCCUGAAGGCCAGCAUGAGAGAGCUCGGCUUGCUCAUCUUCUUCCUUUUCAUUGGAGUCAUCCUCUUCUCCAGUGCCAUUUACUUUGCUGAGGUUGACGAACCUGAAACGCAAUUUGUGAGCAUCCCAGAGGGUUUCUGGUGGGCUGUGGUCACCAUGACGACAGUUGGCUAUGGUGACAUGUGUCCAGUCACCUUGGGGGGUAAGAUGGUGGGCAUCCUCUGUGCCAUCGCUGGAGUGCUGACCAUUGCUCUUCCUGUUCCUGUUAUUGUUUCCAACUUCAACUAUUUCUACCACCGUGAAACAGAGCAGGCAGAGAAGCAUGUCAUGGAUGCAGCUGCAGAGGCGGCUGCAAACCAGAAAAAUUCUGAUGAGAAAUAUGAGAGCACCUACUCUCUGGACAAGAGCAAUGGGAAUUGGCAGAUGGAAAAAAAUGGCAUUCCUUGA